ACUACAGCCACCAAUAUUAUCUAAAAAAUCAUACAAUAGUUAUACACAAGAAUGGCAUGGCCAUUAUAUGGUUCGUUUUACCUUAUGUGACCAUUUCCCCCAUUUGAACACCCCCUCCUCAACGUUUUCUACACAGACAUUAUUGCGAUCUCCAAAUGCAGAAGACCCCGAGCAGACCACCAACAAUCCAACAGCCGUGACCAUGCCACCACGGCGCCGCCGAAACCAGCAAGUAAAACGGGGGUAAAGUAACUGAUUUCAAGCCCAUGCUCUGGGGUGCAUGGUUGGAGAAAAAGUUUCCUUUCUUGGAUGCAGAGUGAACUGACUGGCUUUGCAGAGACCAAGAUAGACCAUGCUGGUGGUUACACGAUUGUCUUUCAGUUAAUUUUUACGUGGGUGAACAAGUAUAGCACCUCCCAGUUUCUUUGGUCAUAGAUCUGGUCUCCUCUUGUAGGCUACACUCAUUGUAUACGUACAACAUGCAUUUUGGGUUUAGCGCGGUCCUAUAGCUGAGGAGGCUCCUUAUCUGGCUUGUCCACAGGGCCCCCUCCUUCUCACCACAUCCACCAUCUCUCUUCUCUACUUCGGGCCGCAGGAUAGUGCUGAAACAUGCCGAGACACUUGCAGGGCAGCUCGUGUCUGUCGCAGGUCCGCGAGGCUGGUUCUGGUUUGUAGCCUAGCUGGAUCUACUUUGUGGUGUGGUCUCCCCCACCAUAUCUGAAUAUAACUAUUGCAAAGGAGGAAAACAAGUUAAAGAAUAGCAAUAACUGCCCAAUAACGAGGUGAAGAAUACAGGAGAUCUAUACACCAAUAUUGGAAUCGAUGUUCGAUCAAGCUACGACUAUGGGCGAUGGGAUCGCUGAGGAUCGCAACCACAACCACCACCACCACCGUGGAUCCAACUCUCUGUACGGUAACCGGAUGGACAAAUGCCAUACCGAACUUGGGAGCAGGUCGCCGGUGCAGAGUACAACCGAUACCGCGGGUACAUCGGCGUCUACCCCCACCUCCUCCAGUGAAGACGGACAUGAUAAACUGGACCCAGUGGACCCAGACUACUGCCAGAGGAUUUUAGUUCGAGAUGCUAAGGGUACCAUCCGGGAGAUCGUGUUGCCAAAGGGUCUCGACCUCGACAGGCCAAAACGCACGCGGACCUCCUUCACCGCAGAGCAGCUCUACCGUCUCGAGCUCGAGUUCCAGCGCUGCCAGUAUGUAGUCGGCCGAGAGCGCACUGAGCUGGCGAGGCAGCUGAACCUGUCUGAGACACAGGUUAAAGUGUGGUUCCAGAACCGUCGCACCAAGCAGAAGAAGGACACGACCAAGGACUCUGACAAGCGCUCCUCCUCCACCUCGGAGUCACUGGCCACCUGUAACAUUUUACGUCUCCUCGAACAGGGCCGCCUCCUCUCCGCCCCGCCCCCCAAUCCCCCAAUGGGCCACCACCCAGGAAAUGGCUCCCUAUUGGUCAGCUCCGGAGGGGGCUCCUCCUCGCCAGGGGUGAGUAGAAGCACGCCACCAGGAAAUGGCGUUCUUGGCAUGGGUGGAACUUUCGGGCUGUCACUGCCCUCCCUGGGAGGGACUUCGCCACGUCUGGGCAUGCCGCCGCCGCACUCACUGUGCUUCUCAAUGCCGCUGCUAGGGGGCGCUCAUCAUGAACUGGCGUCUGGGUACGGGUGCGGGUCCUCGGCGUUCGAGCCGUACAUGCGGCUGGACAGGAUCUCCAAGGAUGGAGAUCUAAGUGGGAAGAAGAGAGUUUCCUAAAAAGCGGCCAUUAAGGGGUUGGGAUGACCCCCCCCCCCCUCCUGCCUCUGGUC